AUGUUCACGAUUCUUGCAUUGGGCAUAGCUGCGCUUGCCAGCGCUUCUCCGGCAUAUGUGCCCCCCUCAUAUCCGCCUCCAAAUCACUGUUUGGGAAAUUGCUGGACGCAUGAUCCGGGGAUGAUUCAGCGCGAGUUGGAUGGAAUGUACUUCCGCUUCUCGACUGGGACGGGAAUUAACACCAUGGUCUCGCCCUCACUUGAUGGUCCGUGGGAUGAUUUGGGCGCCGCGCUGCCGGAUGGCUCAGUAAUUAAGUUGGAUGGUGCCGACAGCAUGGACCCAUGGGCUCCGGACGUACACUACUCAGAUGGUAUCUACUAUAUGUACUACGUGGUUUCCAAGAUCGGCACGCAGACUUCACAGGUUGGCGUGGCCACGUCUACGACCAUGGAGCCAGGUUCUUGGACCGAUCACGGGGAGAUAGGUCUACCCCCCAACAACAACUACAACAGAAUCGACCCCAAUUGGAUUACCAUCGAUGGCAAGGAGUACUUACAGUUCGGCUCUUACUGGAAUGACCUCUAUCAGGUCGAGAUGGCUAGUCCGCUCAAUGUCGGUUCUGCGACUCCACAUCAGUUGGCGUUCAAUGCAAGUCUCAACCACCGCGAGGAGGCCUCUUUCAUGUUCCAACACGGGGAUUAUUACUAUCUUCUGUACAGUGGCGGCUUGGCUAACGGAUACACGGCGACCUACCCCGCACAGGGAGAGGAGUACCGAAUCCACAUGUGUCGCUCCACCAGUGGAACCGGAGACUUUUACGAUAUGUCUGGUACUUCCUGCUUGAAUUCCGGCGGCACAAUCCUACUACAGAGCCAUGAAAAGAUCUACGCCCCUGGUGGACAGGGUGUCCUGAAUGAUAAGGAGCUCGGCCCCGUCCUGUACUAUCAGUACUACCCGCUCGAAACAAAGGAGGCUGGAGGUGAUGGUGACGCCGGUUUCAGGUAUGGCUGGAACCAGCUGGGCUGGAGCGAAGACGGCUGGCCGUACUUGAUGACCGAACUCUGA